UUUCUCCUCCUUCCUCUCUCUCUCUCUCUCUCUCUCUCUCUCUCUCUCUCUCUCUCUCUCUCUCUCUCUCUCUCUCUCUCUCUCUCUCUCUCUCUCUCUCUCUCCCCUCCCACUUUCUCUCUUGUUAAUCCUCUUUCUUCUGCUUCUAUUCAUUCCUCUCUCUGUGAGUAACAAUAUUCAUUUCCCUCCUCCUCCUCCUCCUCCUCUUCCUCUUCUCACUCCUCUCACUCAGCCAAUAUAUUAUAAAGUUGACAAGUAAAUAUAAUGAUUUCAUUUUCUUUCUCUCUUCUUUUCCUUCUUUCUUUCAUUAUUUUUCUUCCUCCUCCUUCUCUUGUUGUUGUUGUUGUUGUUGUUGUUGUUCUUCUUCUUCUUCUUUUAUGUCUUUUUCUUCUUCUUCUUCAUUUUUCUCUUGAUCGUCAUCUUUUCUUCCACCACCACCACCACCACCACCACCACCACCACUACCUUCACAGCCUGAGUCGCUGGCUGGUAUACACAGUGGGUAUUGUCACCUGCCGGAGUCAACAGAUGCCUCAGACGAACAGGCUUCGCGUCGCCUCUCUGUGCCUGCAGUUCAUGGGCUUCGUGGUGGCCAUUAGCUUCAGUGGCAACCUCACCGCCUUCCUGACCACGCGGAACGUGGAGCCCGCCCUCAGGAGUCUUCGUCAGCUGGAUGAGAGUGGCUUAACCAUCGUGGGUUUUAGCAACUACUGGUAUCUCUUCUUCCUCGCUUCACAAAACACGCAUCUUCUCUCCUUCGCAGGCAAAUAUCGUGAUGUUGCCGACACUCUUCCCGUCUUCAGGGAGGUGGCGGAGCAGAGGACAGCGGCUCUAGUGGAGAACAGGAACCACCUUCAGUAUAUUCUGACGCAGUUCUACACGACCAAGAGAGGAGAGACGCCCCUUAGGAUACAAGAGGAGUGCCUGGCGACCUUUGGAGUGAGUGCUGCUCUCAGUAGGCACUCUCCCUUGGCACCUUACAUUAAUGAGGCCAUCCACUACAUGCAGGCUGGGGGACUCACAGAUAAAUUUUUUGAGGAGGUGCUGCUUGAAGACCUCCACCAUGACGACCACGGGGACGAGGAGACCUGGCUGGACCUACACGACCAGGACACGGUGGCCACGGGGGCUAAGGUAAGGGGGGUCGUGUUUCUACCUGACCUAAUAUGAUGUUACCUGACUAUCUUAUGUGAGCUUACUUGAUCAAUUUAUCUGACCUUACCUGACCUUAUCUGACCACCAUAUCUGACCUUACCUGACAUUACCUGACCACCUUAUCUGCCCUUGUCUAAUCAAAUAUAGUGGUUGUAUCUAUAUGACCUUAUUUAACCUGACCAAAGACAGAAGCUACCGGGGAUAAGGUUAGAAAGCUCGUGUUUCUAUCUGACCUUACCUGACAUAACCUGACCUUGCCUAACUUGACAUGACCUGAUCUUAACUACCCUUACGUAACCUGAUCCCACCUUACCUAAGAGUGGGUACAGGUGUUAAGGUGAGAAAAGUGGUCAUACUACUUCCUGACCUUACCUGACCUAAAACAACCUAACAUGACCUAACCUAACCUAAUCUAGCCUAAGUUAACCUAACCUACAACGUAGACUAACCUAACCUGACCUAAUAUAACCGAAUCUAACCUAAUCUAGCAUAAAUUAAGCUCACCUAACCUUACCUAUUCAUAAUUAAUCUUACCUCCUCUUAUCUAAUGUAUUCUAACGCAACCUAACCGAAAAACAGAGGCAACAGCGCGCUACAGUCAGAAUAGAGAAUAACAAAAAGAAUACUUGAUAUUUCUCUCUUGUUUUUGCGCCCUGGUUCAGUCAUGUAGUCAUUAUAUUUGAAAUAACUGUUGUUUUUAUUUUUGUUUUAUUUCAUUUAUGCAUUCUUUUUUUCUUUUCUUUCUUUUUUUUUUGUAUUCUUCUCGUGGACAUGUAAAAGAUACAUUGUUGUUUUAAUAGUUUUCAUGCAUUUUUCCUUUUUUGUUCGUUUAUUUUCAAGGUUUUUUUUUAUCAUCAAAGACACAAAGAAAACGUUUUGUACAGAAUUAAAUAUUGUUGUUUCCACGUUUUUUUUUUUUUUUUUGUCCAAGCAUUCCACAAACCGCCAGCCGCUGCUUAUUUAUUUAUUCAUCGAGUUAUUUAUUGAUAGGCGCAUUCGUGUAUCUGCUGCGGCGCGUGGCUGAGCACUCUGGCGGGGCGCGUCAUUCCUGCAGCGCGGGUCGGCAGGCGGGAAUGUUGCAGCGCGGCUCGCCUCCACGCCGCGGAAAAAGAAAUAGAAAAGCUACCGUUGCUUUAGUUGCUGGAAAAAAAUCCAAUUUGGUGAGUUCUGAAAGCGAUCGGCUUUAGGACAACGAUUUGUUAUUGUCACUGUCAAGCCCGCGCGUCAAUUUUUGCUUUGUUUUUUACGCGCGCGACUAGAGACACGCUGGAAAUUACUCUAUAUAUGGAAACUGUGCUAAUGCCUUGCUUUGUUCAAUUAAAUAAGGUUAUGCUGUUAUGUUUUUUUAGGAUUUCAUAUAUUUUGAAAGUAUAAAAGUAUAAAUAUUAGAGACAAUAAAUAUUACUGCAUACAUGGAAACAAUGCUAAUGCCUUAC